AUGGAGGCAGCAGAACUAUUCAGUGUGAAAGGCCUUGUAGCUGUUGUUACGGGCGGGGGUUCAGGUAUCGGUCGUGCCAUGGUGCAUGCUUUUGCUACUAAUGGUGCCGAGAAAGUAUACAUCCUCGGUCGUCGACUAGAAGCCCUUCAAGAAUGCGCAGCUUUUAAUCCCAAUGUCAUCAUUCCUAUACAGUGUGAUAUCACAUCGAAAUCAGACCUUCAGAAAAGCGCCGAUAGAGUGCAACAAGAAGUUGGUUAUCUCAAUGUGCUCAUUUGCAACUCUGGUACUGGAGGUCCUGAGUCAACCAAGCUCGGUCCUACAAGCACUCUUGAUGAAUUCAUCAAGAUAAAUUGGGAACAUGAAGUCGAGGACUAUACAAAGACAUUCGAGGUGAACACUGCAGGAUAUUGGUAUACUAGUCUUGCUUUCCUGAAGCUUCUACAUCUCGGAAACGAGAAAAAGAACAUUUCGCAGAGAAGCCAAGUAAUAGCAACAUGCAGCACACUUGGAUUUGGUCGCCUGGCACCGACCGCUCGGUUUGCAUACGGACAGAGUAAGGCUGCUAGUACACAUCUGAUGAAGCAGCUGUCGACAUCAUUGGUUCCUUUUGGUAUCCGGGCCAACAUACUUGCCCCUGGCUUGUUUAUGACUGAAAUGACGUCUGUAAUGACAUCAACUUCUUAUGAUGUUGGCAAGUUAGUCCCGGAAGGACGCGCCGGCGAAGACCAAGAUAUUGCUGGGAUGAUUCUCUAUCUUACAUCCAAGGCUGGAGCAUACUUGAAUGGGAGCGUGCUGGUCUGUGAUGGUGGAAGGCUAGGCGUUGUGCCAUCCUCCUAUUGA